UUUCUUUUCGCAUAAUUGAGACGAUCAGAUUGGUUUCAUAUUAUUUGAGAAAUCGAUUCAGAACUCAUUUAGGGCGGACUAAUUAUCUUGUCCAACACUUUUGCAUUUCAUUUCCAGAAAUGCAUGAUGUUAAUUAUCUUGUUCAUGCAUUUCCAUUCCAAGUAAAUAGAAACAAAGUUUCCGUGGCCUCUGGGUGAGAUGGAGAUUUGACACAACAUAUGGCAACGCCACGCUUUGUGUCCCUUCUUUUCUUUCUUCAUGUGCCGCUACUAUUCUCAAGUUUUUGCUUUGGAUCCCAGCAUUCGGAGACGUCUCAUGACUCUCAUCAUCAUCAUGAAGUUGCUUUCUUCAUCUUUGGGGACUCUUUUUUGGAUGCAGGUAACAACAACUACAUCAACACUUCAACUCUUGACCAGGCCAAUUUCAGGCCUUAUGGAGAUACCUACUUCAAGUUCCCAACUGGAAGAUUCUCCGACGGGCGCUUGAUGUCGGACUUUAUUGCUGAGUAUGCUCACCUGCCAUUUAUUCCACCGUUCCUGCGACCGGGUUUUCGCCAGUAUUCCGGCGGAGCGAAUUUUGCAUCUUCUGGAGCUGGUGCUCUGGUUGAGACGUUUCAAGGCUCGGUGAUUGAUCUGAAAACACAACUAAGAAACUACAAGAAGGUAGAGACCUGGGUCAGACACAAGUUGGGCAACGCUGAAGCCAAAAUGACAUUAUCAAGAGCCGUUUACUUGUUUAGCAUCGGAACCAACGAUUACAUGAGCCCUUUCUUGAUUGACUCUCCCAUUUUCAAGUCCCAUUCUCAUUCAGAAUACGUUGGAAUGGUCAUCGGUAAUUUGACAACUAUCAUCCAAGAGAUUUAUGCCGGAGGGGGUCGAAAAUUUGGGUUCAUCAAUUUGCCGAUAUUAGGUUGCCUUCCGGGUUUAAGAAUAAUCAAACCAGAAGAUAAUGGAAGCUGCUUAGGGGAAGUUUCCUCACUCGCCAGGUUACAUAACCAAGCUCUAUUAAAACUACUCCAGAAGAUAGGAAUCCAGUUGAAGGGUUUUAAAUAUUCACUCUACGACUUUAACCACAACCUUAGACAGAGAACUAGACAUCCGCCUAAAUAUGGUUUUAAAGAAGGAAAAUCAGCAUGCUGCGGAACAGGUCAGUUUCGAGGGGUGUUUAGCUGUGGAGGAAAGAGAAUCGUGAAGGAGUUUGAGUUGUGUGAAAACCCUAAUGAAUAUGUGUUUUCGGACUCUUUUCACUUGACUGAAAAAGUGUAUAAUCAAUUGGCUCAUGAAAUGUGGAGUGGGGAAGGUGACUCUAAGCCCUUGGGUCUAUACAAUCUCAAGGAUCUCUUCAGAUAUAUAUAUAGUCUCUAUGCAGAGUGAAGCUUCACUCUGAAAUUACAGAGUGAAGUUCCAAUUUUGACACACUUUUCGGUCAAUUGUUUUCACCAUAAGUGAUUCAAUAUUUAGGUAUGCUAUUCAAGAUCAUCUGUACAAAAUUUCAUCUAAUUCGACAAUAGUUUGAGUUUUCA